GCUCUUCUCAAAAAAGCAAAAACAUAAAGAAAUGGCUGUCACUUUCUCUCUCUUGCCCACACUGCCCCGUUGCCUACUUUCACAUUUGAAGGCUGCCCGGCCGGCCCGCUGUUGAAAAAAUUUCUCUUUCACAUGCAACAAUCUCCCACUGCCUCUCUCUUCCACCACCUACAGCCCCUUUGGACUGAUUUUCAGAACUGCCUUUGUUUGUUUUGGUUUUUACUCAUUUAGCUGUGUACUUUUGUUGAUCCUUUUGUUGUCAUUCAAAACAGUGAUUUUGUUCUUUUAGUUAUAUUGAUUGUGAUGAUGAUCAUCAUCAUCAUGAUGGGUUCCAAAGCCUUCAAUUAUUGAAACUCUGGUUGCUUGAAGUGGCUUUAUAUUUUUUUUUCCUGAAGUUUGAAACUUUUGGAGACUUUUGAUUAUGUAAAUUUUUUGGUAGGAGUUUUUGGAAGAUGGGGUUUAGGAAUAAUGCAAUUCAGGCUGGGAGUUUGGAUGUGGGAAAGUCAAAGGGAAGGAUGAAGCGGGAUGGUGGUGAAAAGGAGAUUGGAUGUUGUAUUAAAUUCUGUUUCAUUGGCAGCUGCAUACCUUCAAGAUCAAAGGUUGAUAACUCCAUAAGUGGCACUAGUGCUCAUAGUGUGGAAAGAACAUCUGCAUGUGAGAAAAGAAAGAAGGAAACAAGUGCUCCUCCAGGGUCCUCUACAACAACCAGUAAUGCAGAAAGUAUCCCUUCCACUCCAAAAUUCAGUGAGGAGUUGAAGGUUUCUUCUCGUUUGAGAAAAUUUACGUUCAAUGAGCUUAAGAUGGCUACAAGGAAUUUCAGACCAGAGAGUCUUCUUGGUGAAGGAGGGUUUGGUUGUGUUUUCAAGGGUUGGAUUGAGGAAAAUGGAACUGCACCUGUGAAACCAGGUACCGGGCUUACUGUUGCAGUCAAGACCCUCAACCAUGAUGGUCUUCAGGGUCACAAAGAGUGGCUUGCAGAGUUAAACAUUCUUGGUGACCUUGUCCAUCCGAAUCUGGUUAAAUUGAUUGGUUUCUGUAUUGAAGAUGACCAAAGAUUAUUGGUUUAUGAAUUUAUGCCCCGUGGAAGUUUGGAGAAUCACCUCUUCAGAAGGUCCUUGCCUCUUCCUUGGUCUAUCAGAAUGAAAAUUGCACUUGGUGCUGCAAAAGGUCUUUCUUUUCUUCAUGAAGAAGCGCAGAGGCCUGUAAUCUAUCGUGAUUUCAAGACAUCUAAUAUUCUAUUAGAUGCGGAAUACAAUGCGAAGCUCUCUGAUUUUGGACUUGCCAAAGAUGGUCCUGAAGGGGAAAAGACACACAUAUCAACAAGAGUUAUGGGAACGUAUGGUUAUGCAGCUCCUGAGUAUGUGAUGACUGGGCAUUUGACAUCAAAAAGUGACGUCUAUAGUUUUGGAGUAGUGCUACUUGAAAUGCUCACUGGGCGGCGAUCUAUCGAUAAGAAUAGACCAAAUGGGGAACACAAUCUUGUGGAGUGGGCAAGACCUGUACUUGGAGACCGGAGGUUGUUAUUCCGCAUAAUUGAUCCUCGCCUUGAAGGCCACUUCUCUGUUAAAGGGGCACAAAAAGCUGCCCAGCUAGCUGCUCAAUGCCUUAGCCGCGAUCCAAAAUCAAGACCUGUGAUGAGUGAAGUUGUUCAAGUUCUAAAGCCUUUGCAAACCCUCAAGGAUAUGGCUAUCUCAUCUUAUCACUUCCAGGUUGUGCGAGUAGAUCGUACCAUGUCCAUGCCAAAUUCUAAAAAUGGCAUGCAAACACAGUUAGCAUCUUUAUCAAGGAAGGGUCAACCUGUAAGGACCUUGUCCAGUCCACGUGGUCCACAUGGUUCUCCGUAUCAUCAUUAUAUGAAGUCACCAAAACCAAAUGGAUAAGAAGCAUUUUCUCUCUUUCAUUUGCUUCUCUAUUCAUUCAGUUCCCUCAACAUAGGCUAUCAACUGAACAGAAACUGUGUGUGUUUUGAAAAUUGCUCUAAUUGUCUUAUGUGAAAUUUGGUGGGGGGAACAUGAGACAGUUUACUACUAUAUAUAGUGGGGACUGAGUUGACACAAGAUGAAGAGCAAAGUAGAAUACACAGCUUUCACUUGGGAAAUUUGUUUCUGUGAAGUUGUUAUACUUUUUCUACCAUUACAUAAUCAUAGGCUUUUUUCUUCCUUUCAGAAUGUAUUUUUGUAAAGAAAACGAGGGGUGGUGUUAACUCAUGUGAUGCAUAGAUAUUUUUACAUACUCAUUCGUCAAUGUACUUUUCAAUUAACACUUAUCAAUGUAAUUAAAUGUUAUACUUGUACGAAAAACUUGCUAGAGUUAUGUAAUUUGAACGACUUGAAGUUAUGGACAUUUUUCUUUUG